GACUGCGUCGGUUUGGUGAACGGCGACAACACUUUUGCCUCAUCCUGCCUCGCUCAUUCUAAGCCGACACAUCGCAAAGAAGCUUGCUUCGGCCGCUCGUCUCUUUCGAGACAUUUCGCGCACGCCCGAGAUGUGCUGGAGAGUCGUCCACGACUCUUGCAUGGCGGCAUCGCACCUCUACACUCGCCUCCGCGGGGAAGCUGUACCAUCUUGGAAGGAGCAUUAUUACUCGAAGGUUAA